AUGUCAAAUGAAACUUUGCCACGAAAUGAUCAUCUUGAUAUCUUUAUUACUGUAUUAAUGGUUAUAGCUAGCUUUACAGCUGUUAUAGGUAAUUUGGCUGUUCUUAUUUUAACCUAUCGUUAUAAGAUUCUCAAUAGCAACGCUAACUAUCUUAUUACAAAUUUAGCUAUGUCUGAUUUUAUUGUCGGUGCAUUUACUAUUCCGCCAUUUGCAAUUUCUAUUCUUCUUGGUCAUCAAAUUUUUUUUAAGCCCUUUUGCUCUAUUUCCGCCUAUAUUACUAAUGUAUGUACACAGGCUUCUAUCUUAACCGUGGUAUGCAUUUCUGUAGAUCGUUUAAUAUCGGUUCUAAAACCAUUAAAAUACCCGCGCUAUGUUACAACAAAUCGAACGGUUAUUGCGAUCACCGCUACAUGGAUUAUGUCCUUAUUAAUGUCUGCUGUACCGUUAUUCAAUUUACAACAUCUUGGAUUAGGUACCUACCAAUAUGUAGAUUAUUUGUUUAUCUGCUGGAUUGACGUUAAUUUGAAAGUCAAUAACGGUAUCUAUUUAGCAAUAACUUACACAUCGACAUCAAUUUGCUUAUUAUUAGUUUUUAUUUCCUAUGUCUUGAUUUAUCGUGAAGCAAUGCGCAACAGAAGGCGAAUUCAUCUUAUUAGACGACUUAAUUUAAGAGAUAAAAUGUCAUUUAAAACGACUAAAACCACUAUGGUUAUCGUUGGUACAUUCUUAUGCUGUAAUUUACCCUCGAUUGUUAUGAUUUUAAAUGGAUUAAUCAAUGGAAAAAGUAGCCAAAACCAUCGAUUUGAAAAACUAGGCUUAGCCUUAGUUUUCACCAAUUCAGCAGCUAAUCCAAUUAUUUAUAGUUUAGCUAAUAAAUCCUAUCGAGGCAGUAUCCAAGCAUUCGUUCAUGAUCUAAAUCGUUAUCAUCGAAGACAAAGAGCGACAGUGAUGAGAAUAUCGGUAGGCGCUACUCCUCAACGUUCCUCAAAAUCUAAAUCGCGUUUUCCAUAUUCACCUCAUUUAUAA